AUGGCACAUAUUGCAACCGAUAAUCUAACUGCCAACAAUUUGGGUCAAUUGAGUAAAAUCUCAUCUCCAGAAAUCUACUCGGAAAAGUUUAUUAAGGAAUGCAAAGAGUUAGGUGAAUUGGCCCAAUAUGUUUACUUUGAUGAAGUUCCUGUUGGCUUUGUGGUUUCAAAUGUUUUUCAACCUCAGAACUCUAGUGUUCCAAUUGGUUUAAUUAUAUCAGUUUUAAAGGUAUUGCCGGCUUAUGCUCAUAAGUAUGGCUUAGAAAAUGCAUUGAUCAGUUAUGUGGAAAAGAUGACUACCGAGAAGAGAUUGCUUCAUCGCAUAUUUCUACUUGCUGAUAGAAAGAAUGAUCAAUGGCUAAUUGCAUACGCAAGAAAGCAUGGCUUUGGUGAAGAUACUAAAACGCCUGUUCAUAUUGAUUCGAAGCACCAGCUUGAUUUAAAUGGAAAAUUACUAUUGGUCAAGCAUCUUUAA